CGUAUCUUUCUUUGAGACACAACAAGUUAGAAGGAGCUAUACCUGACUCAAUGAGCAACAUGGUAGGAUUGGAAUUCCUAGACCUUUCUCAUAACAAUAUAUCUGGAAUCAUUCCUAAGUCUUUGGAGAAACUUCAAAACUUGAAGUAUUUCAAUGUUUCUGUCAACAAAUUGUAUGGUGAAAUACCCUUGGGAGGUCCUUUCAAGAACCUCUCGAGUCUGUUUUUCAUCUACAAUGAAGCAUUGUGUGGUUCUUCAAGAUUUAGUGUCCCGCCAUGCCCCACUUCAUCAAAGAACAGAUUAAAUAGGAAAAGAUUGCUAGUUCUUUUUCUUUUGCUUGCAAUUGCAGUUGUAUUUGUUACUAUGGCCUUUGUGCUCCUAUGGACAAGGUAUAGAAGAGGUAAAAGUGCUCCUCAACAAGCUGAGUCAUUGUCUACCAUAACACGAGAAAUAAUUACAUACUAUGAACUGCUCCAAGCAACGGAUGACCUUAGUGAGUGUAAUCUGAUUGGUUUUGGAAGUUUUGGCUGUGUUUACAAAGGUGUUCUCAGAAGUGGAACUGCCAUUGCAGUUAAAGUGUUCAACCUGCAACUGGAUGCGGCAUUCAAGAGUUUUGAAACGGAAUGUGAAGUUUUGUGCAGCCUUCGCCAUAGGAAUCUCGUUAAAGUCAUUACUAGUUGUUCUAAUCUUCAUUUCAAGUCUUUAGUGCUCGAGUAUAUGACUAAUGGAAGUCUUGAGAAGUAUUUGUAUUCCCACAACUACUUCCUUGACACCAAGCAGAGACUAAGAAUAAUGAUAGAUGUGGCAUGUGCUUUGGAAUAUCUUCACCAUGGAUGCUUGUUGCCUGUGAUUCACUGUGACGUGAAGCCUAGUAACGUCUUGCUGGAUGAAGAUAUGGUUGCCCACCUCAGCGACUUUGGCAUUUCAAAACUGCUUGGUGAAGAUCAGGGUGAUUUGUACACUAAAACCGUAGCAACAUUGGGGUAUAUUGCGCCAGAGUAUGGACUGGAUGGAAUAGUGUCUACAAAGUGUGACGUCUAUAGUUACGGGAUCAUGUUGCUGGAAACGUUAACCAGGAGAAAGCCUAAUGAGUUUGAGGGUGACCUUAGCUUGAAGCAAUGGGUGAGUUAUUCACUCCCAGAGGCAGUAAUGGACGUUGUAGAUGUCAACUUGGUAACACCAAUGGGUAAUCGCUUACAGAAGGAGCUAGAUGUUGUGGCUUCGAUCAUGAAAGUAGCAUUAACACAUGCCACGACCGCAGACCUCGAUGAUCUCCUUCAUUGUGAUUGCAUGGUGGUGGUACCGCAAUCGCAAUAGGUAAAUUGAUGGACCAAGUCGGGUUUGACCAUCGCGGUCGCAAAGUCUUUCUCUACGGUGACCAACUUAAGUUCUAGUGAAUGUUGACCUUCACGAUCACGAGUUGGGAAUUGCGAUCACAAAGUAUUAUUCACUGAACAGUAUAAAUGAUUUUUUUUUCGCAAUUUCCAACAUUUUUUGACCUUGGAGCUUCAGGAAUAGACGAUUUCUACGAUUUUUCCUCACUA